AUGUUAAUCAAUUGUUUAUCCAAUUUAAUUUCUCAAUCAUCUACUGGUUCCCUCUCUGUCUCUAGAGUCUCGCACUCCAGUGGUAGUAUCCUAAGUCAAUCUGCCAAUCAAACAACAAUCUAUCCAGAGAAAGAUAAAUUGGUUGCCAAUGGUAAUGUCAGUAACGCUAGAAUCUUCCCAAUUAACUAA